UCUCGCACCCGCCCGGCAUCAUGGAGGUCCCCGGGGCCGCCCUGGCUGUCCUGCUGCUCACCGCGGCCCUCUCUGCCCACACCUGCUCUGCCACCCUUGGUGCCAACACCCCGACUGCCUGCUGCUUCUCCUUCGUCUCCCGGCAGAUCCCACGCAAAUUCGUGGACGACUAUUAUGAGACCAGCAGCCAGUGCUCCAAGCCCGGAGUCAUCUUCAAGACCAAAAGAGGCCGGCAGGUCUGUGCCGACCCCAGUGAGGACUGGGUCCAGGAAUACGUCACCGACCUGGAGCUGAACCCCUGA